AUGGGCCAGAGUCCACUCUCUGGCACAGGGCCUCCUCCAGGACAGCAGCAGCAGCAGGCGCCGCAACAGCAGCCACAGCUGCAGCAGGUUCUGCCCGAUCUGCACAAUCACAGCUCAGCUUCGUCGCAUGCCUCGGCUCAAACAUGCCAACCCACACCCAGCUCAGCGGGACCGUCGAGUCAUCAGCAAUGCGGGAACGAUUACAUAUCGGCAUCGGGGAGCCAGGACACCGCCAGCAAGAAAUGCCCGAGGACCACUCAGUUCAGCGCAGCGAGUCGACCUUUGUCGACGCUCAAGAAACGCCUGAUUCGGGGAAAACGCCGAUCCUCGAAGAACUACGAUCAUGCUCAAAUAUUCCGCGACUUCAUCCGCAACACGGGCUGGACGGGACGCGACCUGUCGUCGCUGGUCCGCGAGUACGAAUGCCUCGCCGCCCUGCGCGAAUUGGAGAAUCAGGCCGAUCUUGCGCGACCGACGGCCAACGCUGCGCGACGAGAUCUCGCAACGUUGUUCGAGUCGAAACUGUGCGCGGACAUUACGCUGGUUUAUCGGGGGAGCUCAUUUCCGGCUCACAGGGCCAUUCUGUGCGUCCGCUGUCCGUUUUUUCGAGAACUGCUCUCCGAACCCGCGACGCUGGCGAGUCAAAUCGUGGUGGAAAUCGACAUUCCCGGAGUUACACUACAAUUGUUCAACGACCUCAUUCGAUACCUAUAUACGGGCGACCUUUACGUAACGCACUCCGGCUCGUUGGGUACGCUGCUCAAGCUCUCCGAACAGUUCGGGAUUCCGCAUCCUCUCGAGCAGGAUCUACGAUAUCUGAUCGAGACCGAGAUAUUCUGCGACGCUCUGCUGGUCUUCUCAAACAACGGCAGCAACAACAACGCCAACAUGACGACGUCGAGCUCUUCGGGGACGCCCUCGUCGGCUGGAACGACGAACGAAUUUUGCAAAUGGUGCAGUUCAACAGCUGAGUUCUCUUGCCACAAGGCGAUACUCGCGGCUCGGAGCCGUUUUUUACGUGCAGCUAUCCUACGUCAACAGCGACGCGAAGGUGUUCUCUUGCAGCGUAGUGUUCGUAUAACGUUGGACCGAUCUGUGGUUCCUGUGAAAUAUUCAAAAGUGAUUCUCUGGUCGAUCUAUCAGGACAGUGUCGAUUUCUCGAGUCUGCUCCCGGGGGACAGUCUUCUCCAGGACGUGAUGGAAGUCUAUCAGAUCUCCAGGCUUCUCGAAAUCGACUCUCUCACUCAAAAUUGCGAAGACGUCAUCGCGGAGUUGUUGGCCGUCGACAAUUUGAUACCCGUUCUCAAUUGGUCUCAACAGCCCCACGCGUCCCGUUGGGUUCGUCGGCAGGCGAUCAACUUCAUCCGGGAGGAGUUCGCCGCCGUCGCGGCCUCGCCGUACGUACUAUGCCAAAUACCGCCUGAAACGCUACAUGAGGUGCUGUCUUCGGACUUCGUCCAGGCGUCCGAACUUGAAAUUCUCAACGCGAUCAUAAAAUGGGCGGACAACCGAACUUUGGGCAAUCCGGAUUCGAUGACGGCCGAAAUGCUUCUGAAACGAAACACCAGCGAGCGGCAAGGUAAGGAUUCGUUUGGCUCGUGCCGAAGCUCGGGCAAACGGUCGGCGAGUCUCGACCUGUUGCGAGACGCGGCUUUCUGCGAAGAUUCGCCCGAAACGAUCCAGAAACUCGUUUGUCGGGUGAGGUUCGCACAUAUCCUUCCGAAAGGCGAGAACGAGUUAAUCCAAUUGUGCGCUCAGCGAGGAUUAUUGCCCCCGAACGCAGCAGCUGACUUGCUCAAAUCCUCUUCCAACCAUCAACAGCAACAACAGUCCCACAGCCAACGGAGCGGAGCGUCUGUGUGGAGUUCGCAGCGACCUCGUCUGUUCCUCCCGUAUUUCGAAGAAGCCAAAAGCAUUCUCGAAUCGUUCGAACACGUCUGCCAAACAACGUCUUGCGUCGCUUCACACUUCAGCAUUGGCUCUUCAACGACUCCUUCACUCGCGUUGACGAGCUCGCACGUGACCCGCUCGGAGGAGAAUCUCGUCGAUUCUCUCUCCCGCAAAGACCCGGCCCCCGAACAAAUCGUUCCCAACGGCUCGUAUCUGAUCGAUCUUUCGCGUCCGCCGGCUCUGGACGACGACAUCCAGGACACCAAGGUCGACGAGGCGCUCAUGGUCGCUCCGAGCGAGGAACUCCUCCAUCAGAUGCGGCACCGAGAAUCCGAAUUGUGGACACAACCGAGCGCGUGUAAGUCGAUUGCCCUGGCCCCGCACAAGCGAGCUUUGGUCAGCUCGAUGCUCCAACUGAGGGUCGUACGUGAAAUGGGUUUUCCGGAUGAGACGGCCCACGCGCUAAAAAAUUACAAAACUACCACGCAGUCCAGCGCUCAGAAUACUUUCUCUCAAAGCUCCAAAAGAUAUACCGCCAUCGACUCCGAUUCUGAUUUGACACUCGGCUCAAGACCCAGUGGUCGCAAAAGCCAGUCGCGGAAUCCGCACAACAUGCAGAGCGUUCAUUACAGUCUCGCUCGACGGAAGCAGAGGCUUCAUAUUCCGUCUCAGUUCCUCUUGCGCGACGAUACCCUUCCGGUGUCAAGUCUGAUGCCGUGGACAGCUCCUCCCCAAAUGGCUCAAACCCAAAUACAAAACUUGGCCACGACCAAUCGGAGACUCAUGUCGACCUUCGGAUUCGGUAUGGUGGAUUACAACUACUGCCGCCACGGAGAUCGAGCCUAUCGUGAACACAUACAAAGCCAAGGCGGCAUCAAUGGCUGA